AUUCUCUCUCUGUGUGGUCUCCGAGAGAGAGUCUCUUUGUUCUUGGCUUCGCUCUUCCUCUACCUUAGUUGAGUUUCCUUUCGAGAAGAUCUUGUAUGCUUUUAUUCCAAUCGUAUUCUGAUUUUGUAUAAUGGAUGGAAGUUCGAUUGAUGUUGUCAGGGAACAUCCCGUUUCUAAUGCUGCUCACACUGUGGUCUUAGUUGGACGCACUGGUAAUGGAAAAAGUGCAACAGGCAACAGCAUCCUUGGCGAAAGAGCCUUCAUUUCCAAGCGUAGCUCUAGGGGUGUCACCACCACUACUGAAUUGAAGACUGCUAUCUUGAGAGAUGGACAACAAAUUAACGUUAUAGACACUCCUGGUCUUUUUGAUAGUUCUGUCAAAUCAGACGUUAUUAGCAAAGAAAUUGUCCAAUGCAUUAAAUUGGCCAAGGAUGGAAUCCAUGCUAUUCUUGUGAUUCUCUCAACUAGAACUCGGUUUUCACAAGAAGAGCAAUCUGCAAUCCUUGGCUUGCAAGCUCUAUUUGGAAGUAAAAUAUUUGACUAUAUGAUUGUUGUCUUUUCGGGAGGAGAUGAGCUUGAAGAAAAUGAUGAGACGUUGGAAGAUUAUUUGGGCGGCCGUGAUUGCCCGGAGCCUUUGAAGGAAAUCCUUGGUCUGUGUGGAAAUCGCUGUGUUCUUUUUGAUAACAAGACCAAGGAUGAAAGCAAGAGGGUCGAACAAGUUCAGCGGCUUCUCUCGCUUGUAAACUUGGUUAUAGCACAGAAUGGUGGGCGGCCAUACACGGAUGAGAUAUUUGCUGAAGUGAAGAAGGAGGCUAUGAAACUUCGUGAUCAACAAGAAGAUGUUGCUUCAAAGGGGUAUUCAAAACAAGAAAUAUCGCAUUUGAAUGAGCAGAUGCAGCGUGCACAUGAUCUGCAGCUUAAACGAAUUACUGAGAUGAUUGAGUCAAACAUGAGAGAGAAAACCAUGAUGCUUGAACAAAAGUUAGCAGAUGAACAUGCUGCACGACUAAGAGCAGAACAGACUGCCCAAAAGGCUCAACAAAGUUCUCAGGAUGAAAUCCGAAAGCUUAGAGGUGAUCUAGAAGCAGAAAGGCGGCGGCCGAAACCGAGACCGUCCAGGUGUGCUAUUAUGUAAUGAUUGAUAGGCUAUGUGGUAAGGAGAUCGUGGAGUUUGAGGCUAUUGGCUUCGACGUCUGGUUGAUAAUGGCUAUGGUAUCCUGUGUAAAUGUGAAAGAUGCUAGCUUACACAGUUGGAAGUUUAAUAUCUAAACUCUUGAACUGUGUGGGAAUAAUGUUGUAAGUGUACUCAUCUCUUAAGGAGGUUUAUAUAGUAUUACAACCAUGUACAUAUAAAGAAAAGUAAUUAAUAAUAUUGCUUAUCUAAGUCAA